GCGUGCUCUCCCUAGUGGCUUGCUUCUCCCUUACCUCGUGCACCUCUCCCCUGUGGCUCGCUCCUCACCGCCCUCGUGUGCUUCUCCCCGGUGGCUUGCUCCUUUCCUGCCUCGCCCUGCUCCCUAGCCCAUCUAUCGUGGCCUCCCCUACACCAAUACAUGCUAGAUCCACCACCUCCUCACCCAUCGUCAUCUCCACUGGCUGAGGCAUCCAUUGUGACAUUAGCGUUAGCAUUGGACACGUCUGCGAGCGAGCCAACACCUGUCGGCACAAGAAUGGAUGGGAAUGCUGAGACGAUCCAAUUCUCAUGGGGCAAGCGUCGAGGGAAAGGUGGUGCUAAGAUGGAUACACAGUUCUUUGGGUCCUUCACAUUGGACAAUGUGAAGUAUUCACUGUUUGACUGUGUCUAUCUAUUUAAGCAUGGUGAUCCUGAACCGUACAUUGGAAAAAUAGUGAAGAUCUGGGAGAAAGAUAAUGAUAAAAAAGUAAAAAUUCUUUGGUUUUUCCACCCUGAUGAGGUUCAGAACUAUUUAAGUGGCCCUGUGAUGGGAAAGGAGAUUUUUCUUGCCUGUGGUGAAGGUGCUGGGCUUGCAGAUAUCAACCCGCUGGAAGCUGUCGCUGGAAAAUGCACUGUUAUAUGUACUUCAAAGGAUAAGAGGAAUCGUCAACCAUCCCCUCAGGAACUACAAAUUGCUGAUUAUAUCUUCUAUAGGGUCUUUGAUGUUAAAAGUCUAACACUUUCUGAUCAGUUACCAGAUAAAAUUGCUGCAUUUACAGUUGAUCUUCUUCUGAAUCCAAAAGAUGAGCUAGUCAUACCUGCAAAUGUUCUGGUGAAUCCAAAUGUGGAUGAGGGUAUGGUUGCCACAGUUCCUACACCCCCUUCAGCAGUUAAAUUGGAGGAUCGAAGUCAGGCUGCUGCACUUCCCCUUACGCAGACAGGCCAGGUGGAUGAAAAUCUGCCUGCCACAGUUCCCCUUCCCCAAUCAGAGGUCAAGGAGGAACAGAAACCAGUCAUUGCCAUUCCCAUUUCCCAGACUGUGGUCAAGAAAGAGGAUAAGAAAUCACUUUCUGACAUUCCCCUUUCCCAUUCAGCAGUCAAGGAGGAUGAGACACCAGUUGCUUCAAUUGGCCCUCCACAGUCUGCAGUUAUGGAGAACAUUCCCAAACAUACACAGUUACAGGAUGCUCAUGCUGGGGAGAGGCCACCAAAAAAGUUGAAAUUAUCCCAAGAAACUACAGAGCAGGACAUAGAUCCAACGAAUACUGAACAAAGACCUUUGGAGCUACAGCCAAAGAAUAUUGACAGAAGCAAAUGGUUUAACAUUGAAUGGAAUGACAGACUAAAGAUGGCUGAUGAUAAGGGGACACUUGUCUAUAUUCAAAAUCUCGAUAUUCGGUUUGGACCUGCUGACAUAGAGGAGUUAGUUCGUAAAGCAUUACAGCUAAAUUGUACUGCGAAGCCCAUUAACCACCCCACAUAUGAUGAUCCAAACAAUGGCAAAGCAUAUGCUAUAUUCAGAACUAAAGAUGCUGCUGAUGCUGCCAUUUCAAAAAUCAAUUCUGGUUUGGUUGUUGGUGGAAGGCCCCUGUACUGCAGCAAAGGGUUACUUGAGGUUCCAAAACCUUCAGCGAAUCUUGUUGGGCACCUCUCCUCAUAUGUUAAGAUUGGUCAAAAGCAGCGCGACGAGCAGAAGAAGGCUGUAGCAACCUCGCAUUGUUCCCAGCCCAACACGAUCGAGUACGACUUGGCCUUGGACUGGAUGCUUCUUCGGGAAAAGCAAGACCAGAGCUUCAGAGUACUUCACAAGAAGCACAGAGAAGCCAGGAAAGGGUUCGCAAGCCUGGUCGGCAAAGGAUCCAAGGCAGAGUAGCAGGCCGGUUGCCCGGUUCCAACCUUUCAGAGCUUGGCGCGGUAUGACUGCCGACUGGCAGGAAGAGAGGGUCGUGCGCGCAGAGGUUCUCUUUUUGCAGUAGCCAUCGAGUAGUUCGUUGGGUCAAUUCGUGUUAAUUUCUGUUAGGAAAGGAAAAAUGUGUUAAUAAGUGUUAGGAUAGAAAAUGCACGUCAGCUUUGACAGGUCAGAGCAGCCUAGGUAGGCAUCAAUAUGUUGCUGCGACUGCGAUGUUUUAAUUUGACUUGGAACCUCUUAUGUUGGGCGACAAGUUUGCCCUAUGGGGGAGAGAGACACUGUUUCGUCUCUGUUACCAUCUCAUCUGAUUUCACUUUCAGUCAAUCU